CAGUGAUUAAAUCAUAAUUGUAUACUGACAAAUGAGGUUUUAAAGAUUAGGCUACGGUCAAUGCAACAAUAGUCUUAUUAGCGCAUUCUAAGAAAGAAUAAAUUAAGGAUCAGCUUGUGAUCCAAAGUAAUGCAGAUUUCAGAGCUGUUGAAGAUCAUAGGCGUACUUUGAGUUUUGAAUACAGAAUCUCUUACUCGCGACUUAUCAAGGCAAUUAUCACAUCGGAAAAAACAAGCAUGGAGUAUUUACUAUUUUAGUGAGUGAUGACAUGAUGGAUUUGAUAAGAGGAUCCCUGCAUAUUCUGCUGACAAGUCUGAUCCUGGCUUCUUGCGUGUAUUCUCAGACGACGGAGAAUCUGAAGACUACGGAAAAUGUUUCCAACAUUUCCUCUGAGACGACCGUUCAUUUAACAACACAUGGCAGACUUCAACAUGCUGAUCCAACAACAAGUACUGACAUAGCAAACGAAGACAUGACAACUCGGAACAACGAGCGUUCUACAACUCCGCUUGACAUUGCUGGUAUAAUGAAGGCCAUCAUGUCAAAUAACGAAUCCUUAUUCAAGAACCUGGUGGGAAACAGAUCGCAUCUUCCCGCAGACGUUUUCAACAGUAUUGUUAAUUCCAAGUAUUUUGGGAUUAACAUCUUCGGUGUAAAAGGCUACUAUAUAGACCCUGUAGAGUUUGGGAUUGUCACAGGAAUAUAUUCCCUGACCUUCCUUCUUGGUGUGAUAGGGAACAGUUUAGUGAUCUACGUAAUUGUGAAACAGCUUGGAGUUGAAGACGUUACCAACAUUUUUCUAUUCAGCCUUUCCUUGGCAGACCUUCUCGUCAUCGUUCUCUGCGUACCUUUGAGGAAUGUUGCCCAUUUCUCAUACGGAUGGUAUCUUGGAGGAGCUAUGUGUAAGAUACUAUUCUACGCUAACCAGGUGUCGUUUUCCUGCAGUAUCAUGACACUUACUAUGAUGGCUAUUGAAAGGUAUGUAGCAAUAUGUCAUCCACUGAAGUCUCGUUACUUGUGCACUCCGUCAAUAUCGAAGAAAAUUUGCUGCGUCGUUUGGUUCGGGGCGUUCGUACUGGGCAUCCCGGCUCUCUUCGCUUAUAAAUAUAUGUUUAGAUCCAAGGACAACUACACGUGCGACUUCGACUUUCAAGGUGUUUGGAAAAAGCUGUACUGGCUCUAUUGGCUUGUCAUAUUCUUUGUCAUCCCUCUCGUCAUUCUUUUCUUCUCGUAUGGGGCCAUCAGCGUAACUCUUUGGAGGAGCGUCAUCGAUAAUAAGGCUGCCAAUGAGGCACAGAAUGGGAGUAAAAGUGGAAUGCCGAGAGAAAACGAUUUGAUGAAGAAGCGUUUAAAUGUUAUCAACAUGCUGAUCGUAGUGGUUGUUAUAUUCUUCAUCUGUUGGGGUCCAUUAUUGAUCAUGGACGUCAUUGAUGCUUUCGGUGGAGCAGACUUGUCAAGAAGAGAGGGCCAUAAGGCACGGGUUGCUUUAAGACUUCUCUCUUAUUUUAACAGUUGUGUUAAUCCAGUCAUCUAUUGCUUCAUGUCAAGGAAGUUCCGUGAUGGUUUUAAGAAAGUGUGUAUGUGUUGUGGCAGACGCAAGACUGCAAGGAAAUCCACGAUGCACACAUCAGCGUCCCCUCAUGUUUACUCAAACAGUGCGAUGAUGGCUAGCGAUACAAAUGCCACUGAGCUAACUGCAGCCAACUACACGCAUCGGAAUCAUUCGGGGAACCAAGAGAAGGCAAAUUCAUCAGAGAAGACAAGGUUCUAGAUGUGCGUGGUAGAUGCAGUGAGCAACUGAAGAUUGUGGAUUUAAAGAAUCCAUCUAGUGAUAGAGCCUGUCUGUUAAAUCACGUUUGAUUUAGUUCGGUCAGCUGAUCAAAAUCAGACAAUCAGCUGAUCAAAAUCAGACAAACAUAGGUCGAAUUUAUGAUAUCGACAAAAAACUAUACCAUGUCAGUUGUGGCUACUUGAUAUACAGAUACAGCUAGGCUAUAGUUAAAUACAAAGCCUCAUAAAGUCAGUCAAAAUAAAAACGAAAUGCUCGAGCGUCAUGUUACAUUUGACAUUUUGCCGACGUCCAGCCCAUAACCCACUAGUAAUUUACAGCAUGGACUGGAACCUUCAUGUUCAGGAGCGUCCCAGGACUUUCCAAAGGGUUCUAUCCAGAAGGCAAAAAAGUCUCCAUCAUCAUAUCUCACACUUGAAGCCUAACUUCUCCACCUCUUUCAUCAGAGCCUAAUAGUCUCCUUCUUAACACCAUUAAUGAAAUUGGAGUUGACUCGAGGAGUUGGA